UUUCUCGUAGUAAAUAUUCUCCACACAUUUCUCUAUCGAUCUAGGCAAGAACCAAGCUUUUGUGAUGAAUGGAGGAUGGACAGGAAUCUUUUUAAUAAUAACCCCGUGCUCAAAAAUUUAACAACAUUUUUUUAAGUAAUUAAUUUUUUUCUCAGCCAAAUAACGUCAGUAAGCCGAAAAAACUUCAGGACAUAUACUUCGAAGUGUCCUCUACAAACUGGGAACGCUAGAGAAAAAUCUAAAUGGGGGGACCUUCCCCCCUUAAAUUAAACCUGAAAGAAUUCUAUCUUCCAAUCCUACAAGAAUUCGAUCAAAAUCGAUCUUGUAUAAAGAGUGUCCUACAAGCUCUGGAACAAUGUCUAAAUUCAUGGUUCUUGCAUACAAUAUGAGCAGAUCUUUUGAAACUUACGCAGGUUGUUGUAUUAGCAUACAUACAUAUUAAAUAACUACAAAGUUUGGAACUUAUGGUAUACUCUUUAUAAGCAUGUUAUUAGAACAAGAAGCAAAAGAAGAUACAUUCAAAAAAAAAUACCACUUAGGAUCAAAUUAAGUCGUAUUAAUGUGCUGCUUUAUUCUGUGAAAAUAAGACACAUUAAUACGACUUAAUUUGAUCCUAAGUCGCAUUUUUUUUUUAGAGUGUGUGUUUGAAUUUGCUUCUUUUUUUGGUCCUUCUUUCUGUAGAAAAACAGAAUAGGAACCUAAUAAUUUAGAAGAUAUCUCUUUUUGUGUACAGACAUUGCCCAUAUCGGAGUUGAACAGAACAAGGCAGAUUUAAGUCUUUGCCAAAGGAUGGAAACAACAAAAGAAGACACUUGUCGCAUAUGACAUCGAAAAAAUGACACGUACGAAAAGAAAUAUCUUACUUAUUAGGUUCCUGAUGCAACAGACGAGAAGUAAAAUAUUAAUAGAGAUAUGACUUCGGAGGCGUAGCCCUAUUUUGCAGUGUAGACUAGAGCUAGGCUAGAGACACGGCUUUGUUUAAACAAAAAAUUAGGAAAGAAUGUUCAGUACCAGCGGACAGUUUUAGAUCAGCAUCUGCAAAGGCUGGAUGGAGAAACGGUCGAUGACAUUGUAUUGUUAAGAGAUUUUAGAAAAGAAUAAUGACUUUCAGCGAUGCAAUUGAUUUACAUAAAAAAACUAAAAGAAUUAUUAAAGAGUUCUCAAAAUUUUCGUGAAUUCAUCCAUUCGCUUUAACGUCAGCUUUCCCGAUAUCAGACUUCUUUCCUACUUACUAUUUUCCCUGUGCUUUCAGUGCUUUCGAUCUGAAAUUUUUUAAAAGUGUUUGUUUCACAACUCUCUCAUUGGAUUAUUUUCUUAUUAGUGUCCAAAAUGUGGUAAUAAUGGUCAAUGUUUUGGACCAAAUAUUUGUUGUUCAAGUUACGGUGGUUGUCGAAUAAAUCAUCCUGCUGAUAUUAAACAAUGUUCAUCUGAAGAUUUAAGCCCUCUGCCAUGUAAUAUCAAUAGUUUAACAUGUUUCACUGUAAAUGGUGGUCAUUGUACAGAAAACGGUGUUUGUUGUAAUGCAGAAUCAUGCCAUGUUGAUGAUACAUGUCAUAAACAAUUAAUUGACAAUCAACAAGCUCCUAUAUGGUGA